CAAUAUAGCCUUAACAAGGGAAGGAUAAUGAAGCGUCGCAGAGCUGAAAGAGAUUAUCCUUGGGCAUCACUGCCUAUGCUAGCCUACAUCACACCAAUAAUGCAGGCCCCAAGCUGAAUGGCAUUACGAGGAAAAUCCGCCUGGGGAAAGGUGCAUGUCUAUGAGGAGACAAUAUGAUCUGUCGCUGAGCCUCCCCAAUUCUCGCUCUACUGGUAUUCAUUCCGUGCGCCGCGGCUUAAAAUCGCGGGUAUAUCUUUUCAGUGAGGCGAGUUGAGAUCUCUGAACACAACCAGUACCGAAGCAAACCACCACAACGUCAGGGCCUAAGGUUCUGUAGUUAGCUCAUCAAUAAAUUUCUUCCGGAGACAACGAUGUCAAAGGCAACAGCCGAAUAUGUCACGGCAAGAGCUGUCGACUUGAAGACUAAGUCGACAGCGGCUUUCGAGAUUGCUGUCGGCAAGGAUCCAGACAAAGUACGGGCCAUGUUAAAUGUCUGGCUGGUACCUGAAUUCAAGCCCACUUUCUACGACGACGACGGCCGUUACUCUAAAGGAAUCUCGACUACUAUAGGCCUUGAAGAUGUCGGGUUGUUGGAUCCAUCGUACUCGACGGCAGUUGCAGAUCCGGGUGGUCAAGAGGGCCGAUACCCGAUCCGCAUGAUCGACCUUGAUACCAAACAUCUCAUCGACUAUCCUGAUAUUGGCCCUCGAAGCCAAUACUGCAUCCUCUCGCACAGCUGGAAAGGUGUUGAAAUCAGUUAUAAGUAUAUAACCGACGCCAAAGCUAAAGCCUUUAAUCGCGCCUUAGCAGCUGCCGGAGCCAACGGAUCUUUGAGCGAUAAGACACAUGCUCCCAUCGACAAGCUAAAUGACAUCGACACAAUCAAAAACCAGUGCGACUUAGACAUUACCGAGCAAGAAAAGCGAAUCGAGAAAUUGGCACGAGAGAAUAACAUAUUACCUGAACUCGGAAUUGGCGACAGCGGUAUUAUUGUCGAAGAGUUGCUGUCGCGACGGGUCAAGGUCCAAGCUCUUGAAAGAGGGGAUGAUGGCCGGGGCGGGCUUCAAAGGGCUAAGAAUAGGCUCGCAAUAGCCCUAGCCGCCCGCCAUGCCGAAGCCAUGGAAGAUGAUGUCUUCAAACAAUUCUUUGAAGAUAUCGGUCUCGACGAAGACAAGGCUAAGGAAGUAAUGAAUGCAGACAGGGACGGCAGCGAACAGAAACAAUCAGACAUCGACGUGGCAAACGCCGAGAAAACUCUCUUAGAGGAAAAUCGGAGACAGUCCGAAGGAGCUGACAACGUCAAAUUUUUCGAGCGCCAUGGUCACAUUCGGGAGGCCGUUGAGGAUUUGAUAGGGCUCAUUCAGCAAAGAAAGUCCAUGACCAAGGUUGACCAAGCGAUUGAACGAUCUAAGGAGAUAUUUGACACUAAUCCAUUUCCACGGACUGAAAAACGGUACCUAUGGAUCGACUCUUGUUGCAUUAACAGAGCCGAUAGUGGCGAAUACGCCAGGAGUAUCUCUGCUAUGGGAGAGUGGUACAAGAAUGCCGAGUUCUGUUUAGUACACCUAGACACCAAUAGGGGCGUGCCUAGCGAUUCACUGGCAGAUUGGCGUGUCAUAAAAUCCCUUGACCCCACCCCGCCAUCAAAUAUCACGAGUUACGCAGAUAUCAUCGCCCAUAAACCAGAAUGGUCUACUCGAGCUUGGACACUUCAGGAACUUGUUAUGAGCAAGGCGACCUUUUAUGUCAAUUCUUCUUGGAAACUUCUCAGUCGGCCAGUGGAAUAUCUUGGCCCAUGGUACUUUCUAUGCCCAUUUGUUUCUCUUUACACCAACAUCGACGCCAAUAACCCAUAUUCCCCGGCACUUGGAGAUGAGAAAACCAUAGAAUCUCUAACUAGCGUUCUCGAUGCGAGCGGUAUUCAGUAUCGCCUCCGCCGCCAUGAUCAAAAUAGAGACGACAUUAGUGCCGCACAAAAAUUGAUCGCUAUGCUUGAGAUCCUAGAUCUUCGAAUCCCGUCGGACAUAGCUAUAGACACAGCAAUAUCUCAAAUUGCUCAAUCCGUCCACAUAGUUGUUUCAAGCUUGACGGCCGACACAGGAGAAACCAGUAAUGGAAAGCGGCUACUGGAUAACAUCUUGAGGGUCCUCCAGCCAUACCUACUGAAUUCCCAAGCCUAUUCAUUGGCAGAACGAGCGAGAUAUGCAAUCAACACCCUUAUCCGAUGCUUAGUCAGCCUCAUAGAGCGCCCGAUUCUUGAUGAUAGGAGUUAUAUCGCGGAUUUCGGAAAUUUACCUGGGCUUGACCUUUGGCAGAAAGGACUUGUUCGGAGUCAAUUUUCAACCCACAAAGCAAUGUCUCUAGUCUGUGGGAGAGACGCUACCGUCACGACCGAUCGCGCAUACUGUUUAAUGGGUAUGCUUGGUGUGAAGUAUCCCACUUUCCCCGCUGAAGGUCUAACGAAAGCUCUCUCUCGGCUAUUGGACGAGGUCAUCAUUUCAUCAAACGAUGUUUCUGUUUUCAAUUGGACUGGAAGGCAAUACGGAAGCCCUGUUAGGGGAAGAUCUCUAUACCCAUUCUCGCCGGAAGCAUACAAAUUUGGCAAAGAUGCAAAUCGCAAGAAAAGAAAAGACCAGAAACUGGCACAUAUUCUCCAACUCGAGCGCUACGAAGUUAUGUCGGACUUCCUCGCUAUUUCUGGCAUGCUUCUGGACACUAUCAUGUUUGUUAAGGAGCAGCAGAAGCAAAACAUUCCCCUUCUAUGGGUGAAGGAGAUCCUCCGAGUCGUUAAGAGGACUAAGUUCGAGCUGCUGAAGCCGCAUAUUACCAACAUCGGGAAAAUUCUCAAAUAUGUUGAAACGGCGUUUGAUAAUAAACCAUCUCUUGAUCCACCUUCUGCAGCCAAAUCCGGAACCCCGACCAAGGAAUCGGCCCCCAACCAAACUAGUCCAUCAUUUUCUCCAUUCAGCUCUCUCUCGUCCCAAAUCAAAACUCCUUCCUUGCCCAAGGAUAUAACACCCUUCAAGACUCCAAGCUUUGGUCGUAAAAAGACCGAACCCGAGGCAGCCCCGCCAAAGUCUUCUAGUCGAGGAAUUGGAGGCUUCAAGGCACCAUCACUCAAAAGUUUCGGGAGAAAGGACUCAGGAAAUUCUCAGUCGAGCCAGACGCCGAGAUCCGGGACACCAAUCAACGAGCCAGAUGCCGUUAGCUUACCGUCGGGUCCUCCAACGCCGUCAUUAAUGGUCUCGGAUACAUCAAAACAUUCCUUGGAUGAACAAGUCUUAUCCUACAUUGGAAGUAUUAAGGUCGUAGAUGAGGGAAUCCAGAACGAUGGUGAUGGGGAAAAUAAACCCAAACCCUCACCUGUACUACCACCCGAAUUGGAGAAAGUACUAGCAGAUAUUCCAACGCGAGAAUUUUCAAGACCGGAAAUAAAGUCGGAGGAGAUUGACACGAUGAUCUCACCUAAUCCUAUAAUCAUCAAAAAUUCGGGGAUCGAGGGCCUGUUCGAUGUUCAACGAGUUGUUGUUUCAAUGGCACAGCCUGAGAAGCUUCGCAGACAGAUAAAACUCGCGGUCAGCCCAAACCAGAAGAUUACUGGAUGGUGUAUUAUUAGUACUGGUUUUGCUAGGGUCAUGGUUAGCUUCGCCUGUCCAAAGUACAUCCUCGAAAAGGAGCUUGACAUUGUCCAAUCAGUUGAGAGUAAAGUCCUUAACGGGAAGGACGAUGAAGAAACCUCGGAUGACAGCAAAGAAACAAACGGCGAUGAAGCGGUUAAGGAAAAACACGGCGCAACACUGCCUAUGGAAAAUGUCUGGCAAAGAACUGUCAAAACUAUCAACACAUCCGAGCCGACGGAAAAUAAUACCAACGAUCCAGAAGACCCGGGUCUUGAGAAAGCCAAAACAGAAGGCGCUAGAGUGAGCAGAAUGAUUGGCUUCGUUCAAGAAUCAAACUUGGCGGAGGUCGCGGGCGAAUGGGUUCUUGCCCGAUUCUCUGGUGUUCCGGGUGCGAAGUGGUUCUUGUGUCACCUAGAAUUAGGGGGCACCGGGCGGGACUUCUACGGGCAUCGAAUCGCAACUGACGAGAUUGACUUCCACAAUGCGGCUCCUGAAAUGGGUCUCCUGAAGUAUUGGGAGUACUAUAUGAUGCAAAAGAAGAAUAGGCUCUGUACCAUCCUACAGAAAUUGAUGGAAAGCAGAGACUGGGGCAACUUCAAGACGGAAAUGGGCCAGAACAUCUUCAAGAGAGUAGCCAAGGAGACCGGAAUGAGUGGCCAGGAGGAAGGUGCCGAAGAAGAUUCCGACGACGAAGACAGCGACGCCGGUUUCUCAGAUACCAUAAAAGAUAUCGGCGGAAUGGCAUUAACUAUGGCUGGAGCUGGUCUCGUCCAGCAGUUCUACCAGUGGCGUGCGGAUCGCUUACAGAAGAAUCUCGCUGCCGAUGUGCUCAAGAAGUUCCCGACCCAUAUGCAGACAGCGAUGGAAAGUCUAGAUGAUAAUAAGGACUUGAUGCCCUCCAUGUUUCAUUCAGCCAAGACGAUACACAUGUUCUAAACAGACAAUUCAUUUUCUUACUCUGUCGAGUUUGUUGUUUCAAACCGUGCAGGGGCCUAGCUCGAAAAAUCUAUAGGGCGCAGAGGUUGGGCAAGAUUUGGUCUAGCUAGCAGAAUUUGAUGAGUCAAGAGUGAAGUAAUCUCAAACUGCUUAAUCAUUGAUAGGUACCCUGUUCUCUUUUGUUUUCCUCAUAACUCUUCCUUGUAUCUCGAACUAAGGAGCGGUGUCGCCAACAUGGGCGGUGAAACAAAAGAUAGGGGUAUGACCGUGCCCACUUAAGGCCAAGUCUUUGCCCAUAUAAAUGACACCAAGGACCAACAACUUGAGGAUCAAAUCAUCUUCAACCAUCUCUAUAGCCACAAUGAUAUCUCACUCUCCAACUGCUUCUCGAAGCCCCACCACAUGAUAUAGACUCUUGUUGCUUGACUAUCUUACACGCAUAUUCCCGACUAAACCGGAUAUAACGGAGAUGAUCUCUCAUGUCAAGCUGUUUGCUAUAGGCUACUAUCUAAAUCUCUGAAUCUAACAUUUCGCAUAUUUCCGAAAAGUUUUGUUGCCAUAUUCUA